ACGCCCAUUCCCAGCAUGAUGCGCUGCUGUCCACCCCAGAGCAGGAUGCCCCGGGACCCCAUGACCCUCUUCAGGCUGAAGAGGCUGUCAGCCAGGGAGGAGUUUCCCAGCCUCGAUGGCAAUUACACCUGGAUGGGCCGUAUCCUCACGCCCCACAUGUACGAGCGGCAGUUCAGCAGGGCCACGGAAAGCGGGGUCAUCUUUGAUGAUGUCAUACGGCCAGGGCUAGAAGAACCAGGGACGCCCUCGGGACCCAUGUCUGUCGGCUGCCUGGCCGGAGACGCCCAGUCUUAUAUCCUCUUCUGCGACUUUUUCGACCGUGUCAUCGAGGGUUACCAUGGCUACAAAAUCACCAGCUCCUCGCAGGAGAGCGACUUCAACUACGACAAUUUGAAGGUACACCUUAUAAUAUGAAAACAAAUAAACAAU